AUGGGUUCUGAAGGGUGGGAUGCCUACCUUGGAAGAGGGAUCAACAAAUCAAAAUGUUUAUUCCGACAGAAAUCAAAGACAACCGACACCGGAAAGCAACACGGGGGAAAGGAGGAAGGAAGCAAGUCCCGCCUCAUUUUUGUAGUAUUUUCACCAUUUCUCAGCAGUUAUGAUGAGUUUGUGUUUUUUUCGGUAGACCCACCGGGCGGACAUUGGAUUGCUAAGAGGAGCGGGUCGCGGCGGCACCGUACAUUGAUGUACUGCUGCAGGGCGUCCGCUGGUCGGCAGGUCAGGCGAAGGAGUGCAGAGGUCAAUGGGGCGGCUGCUGGCAGCAUUGCAGCGGCUCGGUGA